CACGCGAUUGGUCGAGCGCGGGAAGAAGCUUCCAGAAGCGUCGGUUCCGCGGAGGGUAUAUAUAGGAGCGAGGUCGCGCUCGUAUCACUCACGUUGCGAAUCGUUGCGAGAAGAGCAUCUUCGUAUCUUGCCGAACCACUCGUCGGAACAUCCAAAUUCAAGAAACAUGGCCAAAGCACCCGCAGUCGGUAUCGAUCUCGGCACGACGUACUCCUGUGUCGGAGUCUUCCAGCAAGGGAAGGUCGAGAUCAUCGCGAAUGACCAGGGAAACCGGACCACGCCCAGUUAUGUGGCCUUCACCGAAACCGAGCGGCUUAUCGGCGACGCCGCUAAGAACCAAGUCGCCAUGAACCCGAACAAUACCAUCUUCGAUGCAAAACGAUUGAUCGGUCGACGAUUCGAAGACCCCACGGUUCAGGCUGACAUGAAACAUUGGCCGUUCACCGUGAUCAACGACGGGGGAAAGCCAAAGAUUCAAGUUCAGUAUAAGGGUGAAACGAAGACGUUCUUCCCGGAGGAAGUGAGUUCGAUGGUCCUGGUAAAGAUGAAGGAAACGGCGGAAGCAUACCUAGGAAAGACCGUCACCAAUGCCGUGGUCACCGUACCCGCUUAUUUCAAUGACUCGCAGCGUCAGGCAACCAAGGACUCCGGCACCAUCUCGGGUCUUAACGUACUUCGGAUAAUCAACGAACCGACCGCCGCAGCCAUCGCCUAUGGACUCGACAAGAAGGCGAGCGGCGAACGAAACGUCCUCAUCUUCGAUCUUGGCGGUGGCACCUUUGACGUGUCCAUCCUAACCAUCGAGGAUGGUAUCUUCGAGGUUAAGUCGACCGCCGGUGACACUCAUUUGGGAGGCGAGGACUUUGACAACCGCAUGGUCAACCAUUUCGUGCAAGAGUUCAGGAGGAAGCACAAAAAAGACUUGACGUCGAACAAGCGUGCCCUGAGACGAGUGCGCACCGCGUGCGAACGAGCGAAGCGUACUCUAUCGUCCUCGACCCAGGCCAGCAUCGAGAUCGACUCCCUAUUCGAGGGCAUCGACUUCUACACUUCGAUCACUAGGGCUCGCUUCGAGGAACUCUGCGCCGAUCUCUUCCGAGGCACCCUCGAGCCGGUCGAGAAGUCGCUGCGCGACGCCAAGAUGGACAAGUCCAACGUCCACGACAUCGUCCUGGUAGGAGGGUCGACUCGUAUCCCGAAGAUCCAGAAGCUGCUGCAGGAUUUUUUCAACGGCAAGGAGCUGAACAAGUCCAUCAACCCCGAUGAGGCGGUGGCAUACGGCGCGGCGGUCCAGGCUGCCAUUCUCCACGGCGACAAAUCCGAAGAGGUGCAGGACCUCCUGCUACUCGACGUUACUCCACUGUCCCUUGGAAUCGAGACUGCCGGCGGUGUCAUGACCGCCCUGAUCAAGCGAAAUACCACCAUCCCGACCAAGCAGACUCAGACCUUCACGACCUACGCCGACAACCAGCCCGGAGUGUUGAUCCAGGUGUACGAGGGUGAGCGCUCCAUGACUCGAGACAAUAACCUGUUGGGUAAGUUCGAGCUCAGUGGCAUUCCUCCGGCCCCGCGUGGCGUGCCUCAGAUCGAGGUCACAUUCGACAUCGAUGCCAACGGCAUCUUGAACGUCUCCGCCGUGGACAAGUCGACGGGCAAGGAGAACAAGAUCACCAUCACCAACGACAAGGGCAGGCUGAGCAAGGACGACAUCGAGAGGAUGCUCAACGAGGCCGAGAAGUACAGAAGCGAGGACGAGAAGCAGAAGGAGACCAUCACCGUGAAGAACGGCCUCGAGUCGUACUGCUUCAACAUGAAGAGCACCGUCGAGGACGAGAAGCUCAAGGACAAGAUCAGCGCGAGUGACAAGCAGGUUGUGCUGGACAAGUGCAACGACAUCAUCAAGUGGCUCGACGCCAACCAGCUCGCCGAGAAGGAGGAGUACGAGCACAAGCAGAAGGAGCUCGAGGCCAUCUGCAACCCCAUCGUGACCAAGCUGUACCAGGGCUCGCUCGGGGGGAUGCCCGGUGGAAUGCCCGGAGGAAUGCCCGGAGGGAUGCCCGGAGGCUUCCCCGGGGCCGGUGGAGCUGCUCCCGGAGGAGCGGCAGGCGGAACCUCCGGACCGACCAUCGAGGAGGUGGAUUAAAGACGCCCGUCCUGCAUCCUUUUCCCAUUAACGACCGUCCCUCCGCCCGAACCCUGUCUCUCUUUCUAUCUCCUCCUUUAUUUUUCGCGACCGUUAGACACCGAAGAGGCGAAGCACGGCAGGAGCGUUCACAACGUGCGGUUUCAGCGGCAACUUAUUUAUAUCGUUUACGUGUCUUCUGUAUGCCUCUGUAAUUGAGAUUUCGCCAGGCUUGAAGUGUCCGUUACAAAGAAUAAUAGAAGAAAUUGCGAAACCGUC